AGCUAAUUUAUAUGUUGUAUUAUUUGCACUGCAAGGGGAAGUAUUGGAACUCGUGGUUAUGCAAUAUACUGGAAUUGGAAAAGAGAAGACAGACCCAGACGUGCAAUUUUAUAGUUUAAGCUGAGUGAUGUGAAAUCUACAUGUAUUUACGCAGCUAACGUUAACUAGCUAGAAAACAUGAACCCAACAAGUAAAGAUAUGAAAGGCAUCAUGGACAAGUCAUCAUACAGUUUGCUGCAGCUUCUGUCCUUGGCAUGGCUGGCCUGUAGGCCCACCUGUAGUUCUAUCACCACCUAUGGAACAAUAAUCCCACAAUCUCCAUCGGUGGAAAUUGGGAAGGAAUUCACCGCCACGUGUGUGCUCUACGAAGCUGCUAAAGCCACAGCGGAGGACAUCUACUGGAAGUUGAAAAACGUCACAGUGCCCAAAGAGCAGUACACCAAGAUAAAUGACUCGGCUGUUAGCGUGACCAUCACCAUCACCAAUGAAACGGCCAACUGGUUACUUUGUGAGAAGAAAGGGUCUCCCUUAAACCGAAAUCAAGUAAUCCAUGGGAUUCUAUUGACCAAAGGGUAUCCCCCUGAGAAGCCUGUGAACCUGUCCUGCAUGGCUGUCCAGUCUGGCCGAACGAUUUCCUCCAACGUCACGUGCACAUGGCAGCCUGGGACAAGAGACGAGAUUCUGAAAACCACUUAUACCUUGUUUGGCAGUCUAAUUGUCUCAAAUAAGAGCAGCAAAGCUCACAGAAGCAGUGGAUACAUCGACUUCGGCACCUUUCCAAGCUUCAUGCAACUUGCUAUGUGGGUAGAAGUUGAAAACAAGUUGGGGAAGGAUCGAUCUGACAUUCUGGAUAUAUAUGCUGCUGAUUUGGUGAAAACGAAUCCCCCAUCAGAUGUCAAUAUUCUUUCCGAGAAUAACUUUUCCAGGACUCUCUUAGUGAGUUGGAAGCACCCGAUCCAUGUAACCUAUGUAACGCUGAAAUACAACAUCAGGUUCUGUACUGUGGGCUCUGGAGACUGGACUGAGGUACCCCCAAAUGACACUGAAAGCUACAAGGAGUCUUUCCGUCUUCAGUACCUCAAGCCGGACACGGAAUAUGUAGUGCAGGUGCGAUGCAUUCAUCAUAGGGGCUAUGGCUAUUGGAGUGACUGGAGCGCUAACUCUACCGCCAGGACCCCAGAGGACAAGCCUACGAGUAAGCCAGACCUAUGGAGAGUCGUCAUUCCCAGCCAAGUCAAAAGUGAGCGGAGAGUGCAAGUGAUGUGUAAGGAUCCAGUGGAGUCCAAUGGAAGGAUACGGGGCUACAGCAUCAAGAUCCAAGAUGGAAACUGGGAGACGGUGGCGGUCAAUGACUCUGACCUGGAUUCAAGGUCGCAAGAGAGGAAAAUUAUCCCCCUUUACCAGAUUCCCUGGUCUGACAAGAGAAGAAGCCUCAUUGAAUUGAAGGCCUGGAAUUCUGUUGGCGAGUCUCCCCAAGCGUCUUUGGUCAUCCCAAAAUUGACACAAGAGCCCCCUUCGGUGGAAUGGCUCAGCUGGUUUACCCAGCAGGGGAGGCUGUGGGUGAAAUGGCAGCCCCCCAAUGUGACGGCCACAGGGGAGCCCUACAGGUCCGAGGUGACGGAGUACAUACUGGAGUGGGUGUCUGUCAGUGAUGGCGCUAUGGACUGGCAGAGAGAACGUAGGCAUACUAGGAUGGCAGCCAUUAAAGGUAACCUUCAGAAGUUCAAUCGCUACAAUAUAUCUGUGUAUCCCAUGUACUCUGGGUGGACUGGGAAGCCAUUGACCAUAGCAGCCUUUCUGGAACAAGGAGCUCCGCUGGAGGGUCCCUCUGUGAAAGUGAGGCGGACGGGGAAAAACGACGCUGAGCUGGAGUGGAUGGAGAUUCCACUGGACAAACAGCGAGGGUUCAUCACCAACUACACCAUCUUCUUCAUCACAGGGGGCAAGGAACACUCAAUAGUUGUCUCUACCGACACCUACUCUUACACUGUGAAGCGAAUGGCCAGCAACAGCAAGUAUGUGGUGCGGGUCAUGGCAUCUACAGUACAAGGCUCUACAAACAGCUCGGACCUGUCAUUCAAUACUCUGAUGUAUGCUCCCGGGCAGGUAGAAGCCAUUGUGGUGUCUGUGUGCAUCAGCUUCCUGUUUUCCGUAGUGCUGACCAUGCUCUGCUGCAUUUACAAAAUGGACUCGAUAAAGAAGAAGAUCUGGCCACCGGUACCUGACCCCUCCAACAGCACUAUCGCUAAAUGGUCUCCUGAUUUCACAUCCAAAGCUGACACUCCUAAGGAGAGCGCGCUGGGUGACGUGAGUAUUGUAGAGGUGGACGUGUUCGACGGGAAGUCUCUGUGUGAUGAGGACAAGGCAGGCCUGCCGCUCAAAAAGGACAAAUAUCUGUCGGAGGAGCAUAGCAGCGGCAUCGGCGGCUCCUCUUGCCUGUCAUCGCCUCACCAGAGCGUCUCAGACAGCGACGAGGGCGGCGACGAGGGCCAGACUACAGCCAGCACUGUCCAGUACUCGUCAGUGGUGGCAUCCUGCGGCUACAAGGGCCAGACCCCCUGCCCUCUCCCCCAGUCCGGCUCGUCCCAGACGCCCAGCUUCACCCGCUCCGAGUCCACCCAACCCCUGCUGGACAGCGAGGAGCACCCGGAGGGCCCCGAGUCACAGCGCAACCUGCGGAACCCCUACUUCGGGCGCUUGCCUGGGGGGAACAAUGGCGACAGCGGAGACCUGGAGGACUUGAACCAGAUGGAGAUGAAGAAGCAGGGGUUGGCUUUGCGCCGGUUCUGCCCCCUGGAGGAGGACUUUCAGCAGACCACACCCACAGAGGAGGGUCAGUCACCUGACGGACAGCCAGGCCCUGACCCUAGCUACAUGCCUCAGCUCAGCGGCUACAGGCCUCAGUGUUAGGAGGACGUAUGGUGACUUAGUUCGAGGUUGUCACACUUCAUGUACAGUGACUCUUCCUCUGCGCCUUUGUUCAUUUCACUUUUGUUCCAAACUUUGUCAGCCUAUUAUUUUUGCACUUACCCAAAUGGCAAUCAUGAACUUCAUGUGGGCAUCUUGACGUGACUUGUUAAAUCUCUUUUAAGUGGAUGAUAUAGUUUGCCUGUAAGUCAAGGUUUUAUUGUUUUAAGAUCCUAAAAAGGAAAUAGAUGCCUACGUGCAGACCCGUUUAUUUUCAGUUAAUUACUGACCUAGGUAGUUGGCGUCACCCAUUGACCUCUUAAGAAAAGUCCAUAGCCUAGAUGUGGACCCCUAUUCUCUAUAAGCCGGCCAAGUUUAACUUUGAAUGGACAAAGUGUGAUGACGCAUCAUUCCAAGAAAGAAGACUUGAAGGAAGCGAAAAGGUGAUGCUAGCCAAUACAACAGGACCCUCUUGAAAUUCAGAAAGUAUUCAUACCCCUUGACUUGUUCCACAUUUUGUUACAUCCUACAUUCUAAAUGAUUCAAUAUAAACAUUCUCACCAAUCUACACACAAUACCCAUAUUGACAAGGUGAAAACAUGUUUUUUGAAAUUUUAGCAAAUUUAUUGAAAAUGAAAAAGCGAUAUGAUUUACAUAAGUAUUCACACCCCUGACUCAAUACAUGUUAGAAUCAUCUUUGACAGCUGUGAGUCUUUCUGGGUAAGUCUCCAAAAGCUAUGCACAGCUGGAUUGUGCAAGUUAGUUGUUGUCAUUGCUCAACAGCCAUUUUCAAGUCUUACCAUAGAUUUUCAAGCUAAUUUAAGUCAAACCUGUAACUAGGCUACACAGGAACAUUCAAUGUCAUCUUGGUAAGGAACUCCAGUGUAUUUAUGGACUUUUGUUUUAGGUUAUUGUCCUGCUGAAAGCUGUAUUUGUGUCCCAGUGUUGGAAAGCAGACUGAACCAUGUUUUCCUCUAGGAUUUUGCCUGUACUCUAUUCCAUUUGUUUAUUUAUUUUCCCCCCAAAAACUGUAGUCAAAUCAAAAUCAAAUCAAAUUUAUUUAUAUAGCCCUUCGUACAUCAGCUGAUAUCUCAAAGUGCUGUACAGAAACCCAGCCUAAAACCCCAAACAACAGGCAAUGCAGGUGUAGAAGCACGGUGGUUAGGAAAAACUCCCUAGAAAUGCCAAAACCUAGGAAGAAACCUAGAGAGGAACCAGGCUAUGUGGGGUGGCCAGUCCUCUGCUGGCUGUGCCGGGUGGAGAUUAUAACAGAACAUGGCCAAGAUGUUCAAAUGUUCAUAAAUGACCAGCAUGGUCGAAUAAUAAUAAUAAUAAUAAUAAUAAUAAUAUAUCCCAUUUAGCAGACGCUUUUGUCCAAAGCGACUUACAAGUCGGCUGGGGCCACUCCUUUUACAUAUGUGUGGCCCUAGCGGGAAUCGAACCCACGACGCUUGGCGUUGCAAGCGCCAUGCUCUACCGACUGAGCCACACAGGACAGGCAGAACAGUUGAAACUGGAGCAGCAGCACGGCCAGGUGGACUAGGGACAGCAAGGAGUCAUCAUGUCAGGUAGUCCUGGGGCAUGGUCCUAGGGCUCAGGUCCUCCGAGAGAGAGAAAGAGAGAGAGAAGGAGAGAUUCACACAGGACACCGAAUUGGACAGGAGAAGUACUCCAGAUAUAACAAACUGACCCAGCCCCCCGACACAAACUACUGCAGCAUAAAUACUGGAGGCUGAGACAGGAGGUUGUCAGGAGACACUGUGGCCCCAUCCGAGGACACCCCCGGACAGGUCCAAACAGGAAGGAUAUAACCCCACCCACUUUGCCAAAGCACAGCCCCCACACAACUGGAGGGAUAUCUUCAACCACCAACUUACCAUCCUGAGACAAGGCUGAGUAUAGCCCACAAAGAUCUCCGCCAUGGCACAACCCAAGGGGGGGCGCCAACCCAGACAGGAUGACCACAUCAGUGAAUCAACCCACUCAGGUGACGCACCCUUUCCAGGGACGGCAUGAGAGCGCCCCAGUAAGCCAGUGACUCAGACCCUGUAAUAGGGUUAGAGGCAGAGAAUCCCAGUGGAAAGAGGGGAACCGGCCAGGCAGAGACAGCAAGGGCGGUUCGUUGCUCCAGAGCCUUUCCGUUCACCUUCCCACUCCUGGGCCAGACUACACUCAAAUCAUAUGACCCACUGAAGAGAUGAGUCUUUAGUAAAGACUUAAAGGUUGAGACCGAGUUUGCGUCUCUGACAUGGGUAGGCAGACCGUUCCAUAAAAAUGGAGCUCUAUAGGAGAAAGCCGUGCCUCCAGUUGUUUGCUUAGAAAUUCUAGGGACAAUUAGGAGGCCUGCGUCUUGUGACCGUAGCGUACGUGUAGGUAUGUACGGCAGGACCAAAUCAGAGAGAUAGGUAGGAGCAAGCCCAUGUAAUGCUUUGUAGGUUAGCAGUAAAACCUUGAAAUCAGCCCUUGCUUUGACAGGAAGCCAGUGUAGGGAGGCUAGCACUGGAGUAAUAUGAUAAAAAAAUUUGGUUCUAGUCAGGAUUCUAGCAGCCGUAUUUAGCACUAACUGAAGUUUAUUUAGUGCUUUAUCCGGGUAUCCGGAAAGUAGUGCAUUGCAGUAGUCUAACCUAGAAGUGACAAAAGCAUGGAUUAAUUUUUCUGCAUAAUUUUUGGAUAGAAAGUUUCUGACUUUUGCAAUGUUACGUAGAUGGAAAAAAGCUGUCCUUGAAAUGGUCUUGAUAUGUUCUUCAAAAGAGAGAUCAGGGUCCAGAGUAACGCCGAGGUCCUUCACAGUUUUAUUUGAGACGACUGUACAACCAUUAAGAUUAAUUGUCAGAUUCAACAGAAGAUCUCUUUGUUUCUUGGGACCUAGAACAGGCAUCUCUGUUUUGUCUCUGUUUUGUCCGAGUUUAAAAGUAGAAAGUUUGCAGCCAUCCACUUCCCUAUGUCUGAAACACAUGCUUCUAGCAAGGGCAGUUUUGGGGCUUCACCAUUUUUCAUUUAAAUGUACAGCUGUGUGUCAUCCGCAUCUAUCCGACAGAUAAGAUCUAAACCAGGCCAGAACUUGUCCGUGUAGACCAAUUUGGGUUUCCAAUCUCUCCAAAAGAAUGUGGUGAUCGAUGGUAUCAAAAGCAGCACUAAGGUCUAGGAGCACGAGGACAGAUGCAGAGCCUCGGUCCGAUGCCAUAACAUGAUGCAGCCACCACCAUGCUUGAAAAUAUGAAGUGUGGUACUCCGUGAUGUGUUGGAUAUGCCCCAAACAUAACGCUUUGUAUUCAGGACAUAAAUUAAAUUUCUUUGACACAUAUUUUGGUAGUUUUACUUUAGUGCUUUAUUGCAAACAGGAUACAUGUUUUGAAUAUUUGUAUUCUGUACAGGCUUAGUUCUUUUCACUCUGUCAUUUAGGUUAGUUUUGUGGAGUAACUACAAUGUUGUGAUUCAUCCUCAGUCUUCUCCUAUCACAGCCAUUAAACUCUGGUAGAAAGGACGCCUUUAACUUUGUAGUGUAUAGAUCCACCAUCCAAAGUGUAAUUAAUAACUUUGCUCAAAAGGAUAUUCAAUGUCUGCUUUUUUUUACCCAUCUACCAAUAGGUGCCCUUCUUUGUGAGACACUGGAAAACCUCCUUGCUCAACUGAGGGACCUUACAAGUAAUUGUAUGUGUGGGGUACAGAGACGAGGUCGUCAUUCAAAAAUCAUGUUAAAUACUUAUUGCACACAGUGCGUGCAUGCAUCUUGUGACUGAUUCAGCAAAGUUUUACUCCUGAACUUUAGGUUUGCCAUAAAAGGGGUUGAAUAAUUGGCUCAACAUUUCAGCUUUUCAUUUUUUAUUCAUUUGUAAAAAUGUUUAAAAAAACAUUGUUCCUCUUUGAAAUUAUGGGCUAUUGUGUGUAGGCCAGUGAAAUACAAUCUCAAUUUAAUACAUUUUAAAUUCAGACUGUAACACAAAAUGUGGAAAAAGUCGAGGGGUGUGAAUACUUUGAAGGCAUUGUAUGCUACACUAGUAGGUGUAUGGUUAAUGACAUAUCUUUCCAGAUAGAAAAAACUGUUUGACAAAUGUACAUUUUGCCUUUUCACAAUGCCUUAUUGACUUUGCGUCAUGAAUGGAAUGAAGAAAUGCUAUGCAAUUUCCCUGCCCAUCAAAACUUCUUGUUCGAGGUCAAAGAAAGAGAUAUUACUGUUGCAUUAUUAUCAUAUACUGAAAAGUAAGUUUUUGUAUAAUUUUUUUCUCUGGGAAAUGUUUUUCAUAUUCAUUUUUGUGUUGUCGUGAAUUUUCUGAAGACUGAAAAGUGCAGUAUAUUUUGUUAAUUUGUUUGAGAUUCUUUUGUUUGGAACAUACGUACAGGACGAACUCCAAUAUUUGUUCCUACAGAGAAUAUGCUCAGAAAGGGAUGUUGCAUGUACAGACCUUUAAAUAUUGCUACAUUGAGGGUUAUAAAAAAUAUUCUUCCAUCAGUCAGUUAACACUACUUUUCCACAUAUACGGGAAACAAACAGCCUAGUACUCCACUGCAUGCCACCAGAAUACAUGUGCCCUUUUUGGAGCAUGGUUUGUGAAUGUGUGACAUUAUACAAUAUGAAAUAAACCAAAAGUGUUAUCCAUGUGAACUAAUAAUUGACUAUGCUUCUAAGUCAGCAUAUCUUUAUAGAGCUUUAUUUUCAGUGAGACAUUAAUAGAACAGAAUAUAUUAGUCCAUCGUACAGGGAGGAAGUAGGAGUUCACAAUACAAUAUUGUUUUGGUGUGCUCGGAAAAUAAAAUGUCCUCUCCCCCUCUA